ACUCACAAGCUAAAAGAAAACAAAACAUUCUGAAAAACAAGGAACAGAAUAGAAACUCAUCUAAGUAGUUUGUUGUCAUUACUAAUUUGCCUAAUUUUGUUUUGUUGGUUUGUGCCACUUCACAAAUCUUAACUUUCUAAAUGUGCCACUUUAGUAACUGAAUAUAUACAUAUUUGAUAAGAGUGAGCGCCGGACAGACAGCAUGGGGACCAACACCGGUCACGUGAUGACUCUGGCUAACAGUAUCAUCGGCGUGAGUGUGCUGGCGAUGCCGUUCUGCUAUAAGCAGUGUGGGAUCGUGCUAGCCUCCAUCAUGUUGGUCGUCAGCUCUAUUAUGUCCCGUCUGGCGUGCUACUACCUCAUCAAGGCUGCUACACUGGCCAGGAGAAGAAAUUUUGAGUUUCUAGCGUUCCACACUUUCGGGCCGACUGGCAAGUUGACUGUAGAGCUCAGCAUCAUUGGAUUCAUGCUCGGCACCUGCGUGGCAUUCUUUGUAGUGAUGGGAGACCUGGGGCCAGCGAUACUAGGACCUCUGCUGGAUGUAGGGAACCCUUCUUCUAUCAGAGCUUCGGUGCUUAUUGCCAUCGCAAUGCUGGUUGUGUUGCCCCUGGGGUUGCUGAGGAACGUGGACAGUUUGGCAGCCAUCAGUGCAAUCACCAUCGCAUUUUACAUAUGUCUGGUGCUCAAGGUGAUGGGAGAAGCUACUACCCACUUGCUGGCCUGGGACUGGAUGGACAAAGUACAUCUCUGGAGACCUGCAGGACUGUUGCAGUGUAUCCCCAUCUUCUCCAUGGCUCUGUCUUGUCAAACACAGCUGUUUGAGAUUUUUGAUUCGAUACCGAACGCCUCGCUAGACAAGAUGACUGUUAUCGUUGGCUCUGCUGUGAACCUCUGCACUCUCAUGUAUAUGGCAAUGGGUUUCUUUGGCUACGUGGCCUUCUGCACACAGCCUUUCUCAGGUAACCUGAUGUUGAGCUUCUCUCCAACACCUACCAGUGAGGUGAUCAAGAUGGGCUUUGUGUUGAGUAUCGCGGUCAGCUUCCCUCUGGUUAUCUUCCCCUGCAGGGCCAGCCUACACUCCUUGCUGUUCAGGCGGGGCAUCCCUCCACACCAGGAGCUGCUGAGUGUCACCAACCACAUGACAGAGGGCAGGUUCAAAUGUCUGACCUUCGCCAUUGUGGCAGUGUCUCUGGUGACUGGCAUACUGAUACCCAACAUUGAGUUGGUGCUGGGGCUUGUGGGUUCCACCAUCGGAGUGCUCAUCUGCAUCAUGAUGCCAGCCACUCUGUUCCUGUGCCUCACCACCAGGCAGAACAAUGAGCGACUUCUGGCUCAGGUGCUUUGGGUGGGAGGCCUCCUUAUAAUGGUGCUGGGCUCCUACGCCAACCUGUAUGCCACUGAAGAGGCAAUUUCUGGCAACUUGGCUCCGCCGCCCCCGCUGUUGCAGGCCACCAAGGUAAAGAAUGUAGAGCUGGUGCCUCUGGUGACUGUACCUCCAGCCCCACCUCAAGUAGCAGAUGUGAGGAGAGAGCCACCGGUACCUGAGGCACCGGUGGUUAAAGUGGUCAGCGAUACUCCAGCGGUGGUUCAGGAGAUGAAGAGAGGCGAUUCACUGAAUUUAGUGGAACUGCCUGCUAAAGGAAACCAACCAGCUAUAGAACCAAUUGCAAAAGAAAAUGCACCAGUCAUAAUAGAAUCAAUUGUUAAAGGAAAUCCACCAGUUGUAAUAGACAAAUCCAUCAAAGGAAAUCUACCUAAUGUAAUGGAUCCGUCCCUCAAAGAAAAUCCACCGGUUUUAGUGAACCCACCUGGCGAAAGAAAUCCAUCAGUUUUAGUGGUACAACCUGCAAAAGAAAAUCAACCAGUUUUAGUGAAUCCGUCUGUCAAAGAAAAUCAACCUGUUUUAAUGAACUCGUCUGCUAAACGAGGAUCAAUGGUUUUAGAGAAUCAAGAAUCCAAGAAGGAGGGAGUGAUUAACAGUGAUGCCAUCAAAAAAGAAGAUGAUGAAAUUAAAGAGGUUCAAAAACAGGAAAUACUCAAGAAAAAGGAAGAACUAAUUGAGAAGCUGGAAGAAAAUGAACAGAAACAACAGAAGCUGCUUGAGGAACAGAAGAAGAUUCUGGAGGAUAUAAAACUAGAGAAAGAGAAGCUGGUGGAAGAGAACAAGCAGUUGAAGGAAGUAGAUAAAGAAUUACCUGUAAAAAUUGUUAAAAGUGAGAAUUUGAAAGUUCAGAAUGAAGUGGUUGUUGAAGAGAACAAAAAGGAUGCUGUUUUUAAGAAAGUAGAGGACGAUGAAAAGAUUCCAAAAAUAGAAAAUAAUCUAAAUAGUAAUUUAGACCCUGUUAGAGUUAUUGCAGCCAGUAAUAUGGAUAUAGUGAAGAAAAACAUGGCAGACGGUGUUCCACUUCCGAUAGCGGUCAAACACAUAGCUCCCCGUGUCGAGGGAGUAAAGGCCGUUAAAGUCGUGGAUGACAAUGAUGGAGGUGUAGACUCGAAAAUAUUGAGGAGAGAGAUACUCGCAGAGGACGAGGUGAGAGAGAAGCGGGAUCUAACGGUAGAGGAGAGAACAAAAACUGAGGAGGUGUCAGACAUGCGAAAGGCGGCAAAGGAAACGAGAAAUACUGUCCACAAUAAUGAUGAUGUACAGAAAACAGACGAGGGAGUAGAACAGUGUGGUGAUAAAGAUAAACCUUCCGAAAAGAAACUGCCAGAUGAUUCAAAACCCCAGGAGGAGAAAGUGGAGAUUGCAACAGACUCCAUAAUCAAGAGUCCUUUGUAUUUGUCCGAUCCAAAGCUGGUCCUUCCAGGAGAGAAACUACAGCCAGGGCGUGCGAUGGACGCAGAAAUCGCAAAGCCGAUGAAGAGAGACCUGAAGUCACUGGACACGACACAACAGAAAAUGACAAAAGAUUCAGUGACUUAGUUUGUUUGGUUUAAAUCACUUGAGUUACCUAUCCGAUAUUCUGGCUGUGUACGCUGUCUGUUCUCACCAAAGAGAAAGUUUCCUACAUUCACUAAUUUUUUUUUUUCAUUCCUCUAAAUCUGGGUUUCUCUGUUGAAUAACUUGUUAUUAAUGUAGUGUUUGAUUAUUUAUUACUUUUUUACACUUUAUUUAAUAUGGUCUAUAGGUGAAAUCAACUAUGUAUUUAUUGUAGUUUAGUGUUUCUAUUUAUAAUGUUAGUUGUAUGUUCUGUACCUUAGUUAUUGUCUAUUAAAAUACAGGGUGUUGUACAAUAAUGUGCUGGUACUACAGGAUCUCACUCUGUUUGUGAAAAUAAAGAAAUAAACAUGUUUAGAUCCAAAAUUGCUUUGUUAGUGUUAGGUUGGAAAUCGAUUUUAUCCCCUUGGACAAAUUAGAUGAUACUAGAUGUAAUUUAAUUGAAUAUUAUAGGUAUAUCUAAUAUUGACCUACAAUAUAUUGUAUAAAGUGUAUGCCAGAAGUGUUAUUUAUAAAGUUUCAUUUAAGAAAAAUGACAAUACUUGAAAUAAAAAUCGUAACUUUUAAUCUUCUUAAACAACUUUGUUAGCUCUUGAACAAACAAGUAGCUUACAAGUAUUCAGUUAAAUUUACUGGGAGUUUAAUUCUGUUGACAAUUUUGUAUGAAUACAGUACACUUAAAUAAUGUUAUUAAUUGUUACAUGUUAGAUUAUCAAAUAAAUAAAGUUAUGUGAAGUAGUACCAUUGUACUGUAAUAGAUUUAUAUUAAAUUAAAUUUGUUUGGAACAACAAUAACAAAUGUCUGUAAUUAUGUUUAUUUUACAUUCAUCCAUCGUCAAUAAAGAACUGUAAACACAGAAAGUCGUUUGGGAAAGUCUUACGUAGUAAAACAAGUCAUUGUACUUUAUAGGUGUAAUUGUGUUCAAAAUAUAACUUUUGACAGCUUUUGUACAAUUUUAUAGACACACUAUGGAUAGAUGUUUAUUUGCAAAUUGACGCUGCUGGCAAACAUGGUUGUAGUGUUCCAAUAAUUACAAUGUUUAUAUUUGAUUGAGUAAUGACUUUUGAAAUUUAUUAAAGUUGAAUUUUCAGAUUAAAAUCAACUGAACUAUCAAAUUUUUUUAAAUUUGGAUUCAUCAAACCUUACCUAUUUCCGGAGGUUGGAGUUAAAUUAUUUUAUCAACUAAAACUGUUGAAUAUAGCUAUUUUUAUACCUAUGUUAAACAAACUUGUGUCUUUGUUUUUGCACACAGAAUGAAAACCAGAAGUAUUUUCACUUUGUUAUGGAAUACCCUGUAUACAAUGAAAUUAUAUUUCCAGCUUUGUUAGUUCUUGCACCAAUACAAUACGAAAAACCUAUGAGCUUAAAAUCAAUAACUUUUGUGACAUGUAAUUGAUGAUAUGUAAACUUAAAUAAAAGAAUUACUUUUACAACUAUAUUCUUAUAAUUAAACUUAAAAAUUGAAUGCCACACACAAUCACAGUUAACCCUUUGAGGUAGAGUCAAGAGUUGGCUGCAUGGUGGGGUCUGGAUGCUGGGUCUGAAGUCUAUUUAUUAUCUGUAUUUGACUUGCGCUGUUUCUAAGUUCUAUGCAAUUCUCUUUGGAUAUUCUGUACUGAUAUUAUUUUUGUGUCUGUAUGGUUGUUAGCUAAACAGCUGUAAAGAACAAAAUUGUUAUGUUGAGUAUAUUAAAAUCGUUUUAUCCAUUGUCUGCGAAUUUGCAAUUUAUUUUGUUUGUGAGAAUGAGAGUAUCUUUAUUUUACAAUCUUCAAGAUUGAAAAUGGUGUCACUUGAUACAAUGUAAUUAUAAUAAUAAUUCCAGUCCAGAACUUGCUUUACAUGGUAAAAUUUGGUCAAUCCAGAAACUCACUUAUGGUGUAGAAAGUCGUUGGAGCAACUAGACUUGAUGAUUUCUUUAAGUUGACCGGGUUAGCUCUGUUGAGUAUAUCAGGAAGGACAUUAAAAAACUAGACUCCAGCGUAUGAAGGCUUCGAUUGGUACCGACGACUGGUGAAUCGACACAGCAAAGUUCCUUGCAUUUCUCGUCUGGUAGGCCUGAGUAUCCAUCUGGCUCUACAAUUAUCUUGAGGAUGCAAGGCAGAUCACUUCCAGCAUAUAGACGUAGGUAACUGUUGAGAUUUCCAAUUCUUUAGAAGCACCUCUGCAGAUUCCCCUCCAGUCUUCUGAUUAUCCUUUUUUAAGUGAUCAGAACACGCUUCAGGUUGUCAAUCACCGUAACACCCUACAAAGACGAUGGCACUCUUACAGGGAGUUGUAAGCUGUUCUCACCGUAUCCUCUGUGCCAACAUGCUUAACUGUUCUAAUUACAAAGAAGGCGCUGAAAACAACACUCAGGUGUUCCAUUGUAUUUACAGUGUCAAAAUUGGGAAAUGCUGACAGUCUUUCUUUUGUGCUGCUUAAGGCAAUUUCUUUUGUUUUUGAUUAGUUAAAAACAAGGUCAUUUGCUGUGCAGCUCCCAACAUUUAAUGCGAUGUAUGACUACAUCAAGUGCCUCUUUAGUCUUCCCAGAAAUCAAAAGAACUGGGGAACAGUGAAGAUAAUAUGAAUAUCGAUGAAAUAAUUCCUGGGUUUGUCUUAUCAACUAUUUUUAGUCACUAUCAUUAUCAUAAACCCAGACGUGAGAUAGUCUUCUCCACUCUAGUGCUUGCUGGUGAAACUCGAUUGAUAUGAUAAAUUGUGAUUAGAUAGUAAUUUUGAAUGUGAUUGAAAUAACCAAUUAAUGGUGCCAGUCAUGACAAUAUUAUAACUCGUUAUUUAAACUUUAUCAAGACCAAAAUUACUUUUCAGUGACAAUAUGGAAUUUGUUAGUAUGCAAUAAAUGGUAGAGAAAAUUAUGAUGACUUUUAAAAAACAUUACAUUUUUGGUGUAGGCGAGCUUUAUGUUUGUAUAUAAAUAAAUUGAAACAGUGCCAUCCUUCUUCUUUCUUAGAUCUGACAAAGGGGAAAAACAAUACAUGUAUUUUAUUUAAGAUUGUUUACUUUUCCUGUAUAAUAUGUGAACAAAUAACAUUUUACGACGGGUAUAAUGAAUUCAAUUUAGUAUAGUAAGUAUAGUGACAGUUUUACUCAAAAUGGUGCAAAUUUUCUCUGUCGCUUAUCAAAAAUCGAUAUAACAAUAAUCAAAAUCCGUAAUAAGCUAUAUCUAUAGUCUGAGCAGGGUUUUAAAUAAUUACUACCUCAAUGGGUUAAUAUAUCAUUAUUACUAUACAAAUAUGCAGUAAGCAUUACAAUGUAUGAAUAAAUGUAAUAUGCUUUGCAAACACACAAAAAUGGCAAGUUACAGAUAACUUGUAACCUGGAAGUGUCCAAUAGAAAUCUUCAAAUACCAGUUUUGAAAAUUUGUAAAAAAAUAUUCUUAAGUUGAACACUUACUAUUAGUAUAAAAAAAUUGUAAUUGUCUUUCAGUAGUUUCUGAAAAUUCAAUUUAAAUCUGAAAAGUUUACAUAAAAGUAACCAAAUGUUAGGUGUACACAACAAUAACAAAAGCUAAGUACCUAUAGCAAAUUAAUUGUAAAAAUAUACAUUUAAUUCAAGUAACUUUGAAACUUAUAGCUUUUUGCUGUUGUUAGUUAAUUCAGUAAUACAAUAUCUUAUUUGAUAUAACAUUCUAUUUUCAUCACAGAAAUAUGUUAUACAGAGAUAAAACUACGAGUAAUAAACUAUUUUGCCUUGUAAUUGCCAAAAAAAUACAAUUGGAUUGCGGUAAAUUCAGAUAGACCUUCAUUUGAUGUAACCGAAAACAGUAAAACAAGUAACUGGUAAAUUCUUUGUUUGAAGUUUGUUAUUAGCAAUGGACGUUUUAAAAGAUAAUAGAAUUUCUGACAUUUGCCGUCAUUAUAUGGUACAAAAUGUAUGUACUCAGAUUAUUACACUUGAGGGAAGAGGGUAGAUUUCAAUUCUUGAAACCUGGUGUUAUAUGUUGUGACAUGUAAAGAUAGCAAAUGUUAGAAAUCCUAUUAACUGGUGUUACAGGUCUUUUUUAUCAUUUUUAUCAUGUUUUAACAAAUUGAAAAUUACUAGUUCAUCAUAAAAAGAGAUAGAGACUUUCAAGGUUAAUAAAAGAGAAAUUAUUAAUGUUAAAUAUAUUUAUGUACUGUGCUAUUAAAAAAAUGUAAAUGUAAUUUCCAGAAUGUUACCCAAACACAUAAAUUGUCUAAAAUAGGUAUUACAUUUUUCAUAUAGUCUUUACAUUUUUAAAUGGCAAAAAUGUGUGUGUAAUACUUGUGUUGUAGCUGUCAAUUCCGAAUUUAAAUAUUUACAAAAGUUAAUAUAAUGAAGUUUAAUUAAAUAUUAAUGAGGAUGUUAAUGAAGUUAUAUAAAACAUCAAUUCAAUAUUUCAAGAUAUAAAAGACAAAAACACAAUGUAAAACUAAAGUAAGGUUAGGAUUAUUUUUGUAUUAUGUAGAAUAAUGCAUUAUAAGGAAAUAUAUAUAUUUUAUAGGUUUUGGUGAACUUAUUGUAGGUUGUAUCUUGAAACGUCCAUUUCAUUGAUGUCAUUGCAUUUAUUAUAUAGUGGUACAUUAUAUGUAAGUAUUAUAUAUGCAUAUUAGUGUUUUCAGUAUUUUUAUAUUUGUUUCGUAUUGACAACCAUGAAAAAUUAAACAUUCAAAUGUAAAUAAAACCAACCAUGACGUAAGUGAAUACGUUACAAUGCUUGUUUGAUGAAUUACUAUGAAUUGAAAAAAUCUUCAUUUCAUCUUAAUGAAGAAUUCUGGAUUUUAGUUUAAGGUUUUUAUGGGUUUGUGCCAUAAGUUUUUCAAAGCUUUAGUGUGCUGUUUUUGUUUUUCUUCAAACUAAUAAUUUUUGUAUCACUUCCGCAUUUGAACUUUGUACUUCUAAUAUUCUGUGUCAGUUUGUAAUUUUAAUGUUAGAACAUUUUGAUGUAUUUCUGAUUGAAAUCUAUUUUUAUAUUUUUCUAUCCCCUACAUGUAAGGGCUGUCCAGAAAGUAAGAAAUUUUGAAAUAAAAAACUAACAAAGUUAAAAAUUGUUAUUAUUUACAUUUUGAAGGUAAACUUUUAGGCUAUUUUUGUAUAUAAUCGUCAUUUAAAUUAAGACAUUUAUCAUAAUGUAAUGUGGUACAUGCUUUUCAAUACCUCUCUGUAGAAAUCCGCCGCCUGCGAGUUCUGGUUUACAACAGCAUACAGUUUGGCGUUGGAAUCGUUGUGUAGCGAGCCAUCACUGGGAACAGGUGGUAGUCACUCGGGGCUAAAUCCGGGCUGUACGGCGGAUGAUUGAAAAGAUCCCAUCCAAGAGCUCUUGGAUACGAUUGGCCACGUGUGAAUGAGCGUUGUCGAGAAGAAACGAACUUUCAUGCAGAGUUUCUGAGUGUUUGAUAAUACCUCUCUAAGUUGACAGUUUGGCCACAUUAAAGAAAAUAAACAAAAAUCACACCCUGAGCGUCCCUAAACACAGUAGUCAUGAUUUUUCUUGCUGACAGCAUUUGAAUUUUUGAACUAUAACUUGUUGACGUUGUUAUACACUAUUGUUGUGUCCUAACAAUAAAUGAUUUGAUUUGAAUAUUCCCUCGGUUUCUUGGGCAAAUGCGUGUCCCUAUUCCAUCAACUGCCAUUUUGUUUUACACUUGACGUGCUUUACCCAAGUCUAUUCACCGGUUACAAUACGAUCGAUGACUUUGUUUCCACUUUUGUUGUAGUCUUCCAAAAAUGUCAGUGCUGCAGCAAGUCUGUUUUUUGUGGUCUUCUGUUAAAAUUUUCGGAAUCCACCUGGCUCAAAAUUUUUGGUAACCAAGUUUACCAACCACAAUUUCAUUAAUUAAACUCCAUGACAUUUAGAGGAAAUGUUCUGAGAGGAUUGUUUUAUUGAUUUUUGCCACCGAUUCAACACUCACAAAACUAGGCCUACCACUGCGAUGCUCAUCGCUAACACUGGUUUGUCCAUUUUUUAAAUCAAUCCACUCAUUAAAAUUGUGGCUUUCACUCAUUAUUCCUUGACUGUACACAUCACAAAUGUGGAUAAAUUUCAAAUGGUUUGUAAUUUUUUUACCAACAAUAACGUUAUCGCAGAUCGCACUUCGCAACUGGUGGGAUUUAAAAUUCCAGCACUCCACUGUAUACAACUACAGUAGGCACGAUGUACAAUCUACCACGGCUGGUUGCGUACUGAGUGUAAACACUUUGACGUCAAGAUGGUGGUGCUAGUCCCACCCAUUGCCGUGCCAUGUCAAAAUGUAUGUUACUUUCUGGAUAGCCCAAUUAUUACAUAGCAAGGUAAACCAUAUCAUAAGUAUUUACAAUUAUGAGAACGUUCUCUUUAAAGAUGUGUAUAUUUUUCUUAGUAGUUGCGUAAGUUUUGAUAUGACAAACGACUGAUGAAAUCUGAUGAGUGUAGAUAUAGGAGACACAACUUUGUACUAAUAUACAUGUAGGUAAAACUGUUAUGAAAUAUACUAUUUUGUUAUUGCUUAAUUGGAGAUGAUUAAUUUUUAUUAUCUUUAUUACUUUGUACUUUAACUGACACAAUCACUUGCAUAUUAUUGAUUUGAUGUUAUUUUUCUAAUUUUGUAUGGAGAAAUUAUAAAUUUUAUUUAUAGCAU